CACCCGGGAGGUAUAUUCCGCCACAACGGUCGCUAUCUGUGCUCUUGAACACGAUAGGAUACAGCCGAAUACGGUGGGUUGCCGUGGGCAGCCUCAGGCGCAGGGCUGCCUGCAUAUAUAUGAUGAAGAGCUGAGAGCAGGGCAGCCCAAAACCUAGCGCAGCACGCCAGCACCAGCAUAAGGAGAGGGCAGCCAUGCGGCUGAUAAUCCUGCUGCUGCUGGUGCCUCACAUCCGGGCGGACGGCGACGCCCCGAACCGCACCGCUAUCGUCUUCGUCGCCGUGCCGAGUCAGGACAUUCCGGCGGACGCCGCGCUCCGCCAGGCGGUGCGCCAGACCUGGGCGCCGGCGCUCGAGAGGGGCGGCGGCGCGCUCCGCUUCUUCGUGGAGCGGCCACUCCGGAUACGAGAGGAGCUCGUGGUGGUCCUCGACGACGCGGCGCUCCGGGCCGCGCUGGGGCACGCGCGCUUCGUCCGCACCGCGAGCGUCGCCCGCGAGGCGCUCCUCGAUAAGCCCCCCGACCGCAAGUACGGCUGCGGCUCGACGCGGUGGACGGACUUCGUCGUGGGCAUGGCCGGCUGGGCGCGGCGCCAUUUUCGCUUCGACUGGUGGCUGCGCCUCGACGCGGACGUCGUGCUCUGCGUCGAACACACGCUCGCCGCCCUGCGCCGGCCGCCCUUCGCCCCCCUGGGCGCCCGCGUCGUGUACGCGGGCCACGCGGCGCACGCGUACCACCGGCGGCUCUGCGCGGUCGACGAGUUCUUCCUCCUGCUCUCGGCCGGCGCGGCGCGCGAACUCGUGGGCGCGUGGGCCGGGCGCGCGCGGUGGAGCGGCCCCGCGCUCGGCAGCACGCUCGCCGUGAACCUGCCGUCGAUCCUGCGCGGCGCGCCGCUCCGGUCCGUCGAGGCGUACGAUUCGGCCCACCUGCUCGUCUUCGACGUCCGCGCGCCGGGCGCAGACGUCGGGGCGGGCGCGUGCACGCGCGUCCUCGCCCUGCACAAGUACAAGAGCCCCGAAGAGCUCAUCCAAGCCCACGGCCGCGCGGCCCGGAUGCCGGAGAACUGGGCCUGGCAGCCGACGCCGGCCGCGUGGCGACCGGUCUUGAAAAACGGUUCCGGCUCGGUCUGGUCGGGGUGCGAUGCGCCGGUCCCCUAUUGCGACCGGCGGCACGCCGCCCCGUGGCGUGGUAAUUAAAGUUGUGUGUCGU